UUCUCUGUCUGUCCCGAAAAGUUUGCUCCAAACCGCUGGAAUCAGGCUUACCUGGCGCGCGGCGGUGCACCUGUCGCUAGCUCACCUGCUCGCCUUUACCUCGGAUUUACCUGUCCAUCAAAAUGCGUCAGUAAUCCUGCCCGAGCCGAUCAAACGUAUAAUCAACUAACCAAUAAUCAUGAAGAGGGGAGCGCUGAAUUUCCUGGGUCGGAAGAACCAGUCUCUCUUCGACACCAACAUCAAAAUCAAGGACAGAGAAAAUGUGGAGCUGGUGCUGGAGUCGUCAGCAAUCCCAGAGUCAGGAACCGCCAGCGUGCGGGCCAGACCCACCGUAAAGCAUCACAAUUCCUCCGGUUUGGACAGUUUUCAAGGGUUUGCCGUCCCCACACCCAAAGUCCCCCUCUUCCCCCGUGUCAGCGUUCCAAAGAUGAACGGUUCAGUCGGUGGAGAUCGCUUGUCCAAUGGAUCUGUUAUAUCUGUGCCUGACCUUGUUGAGGGGGAAAUAUUUGUUCCUCCUCCUCCCUCUAUGGCACCUCCACCCCCACCAGGGAAUUUUAUCCCUCCUCCACCAGACUUCAUGGGCGACCUGAACAGUCUAGACCUGGCAACUUCUCAGCCUCCUUCAAUGCAGGCUCCAAAACCCCCUUCACUGGCAGUGUCCAUGGGAGACUUAACCUCCUUAAAACCGCCACCAAUGGCUCCGCCAAAGCCUCCAUCUACUUGCUCUAGUGGCUCCUCAUCAUCCAUACCAAUUUCUACUCCCCCACAUGCCAUUGUUCCUGAGCAUCCAAGAUUCGCCCCACCACAGCCACCUUCUGAAAAGCAACACAAGACUUUUAAGACACCACCUCCAAAACCCAUUAGACUGUCGUCCAUCUCAACCCAAGACUCUCCACCACAGACUCCUGCCCCACCUCCCCCUGUGCAGACACCCACACUGUCCACCUUCAAUCCCCAAAACACAGCAAAGCUUUACAAUAUUCCUACGGUCUCAAUUCUCAGCGGGUAUGAGGAGCGUGACAUGAGACCCAAGCAGAUGUUACUCCUGGAAGAUUCUGGGUCUGUAAAAUCUGCUCCAGUGCUUGUCCAGUUGGAUGGGAAUGCCCCGAAGGUGGCUACACCACCUAAACCAGUUUCCAAAGAUGUACAGGAGCUAAAGGAAAACUUACAAAUCACCCAACCGUCUCCACCACCCGUGCUUGAGCCAAAAAAGGAGACUAAAGCAGAUUCAGCACCACCAGAGAUUGCCAAACCUGUCCGGGCUCUACAUCAGACGUUGCCACAGCCUCAGAAAGUUCACAACAGUUGGGUGAAUUCAGAGCCCAGCGAGGACAAACUUGAAGGAUCUGGCAACACUGGGACAUUCAGUCCGUUAUUAGAUCAUAAACUGCGCAACCUGAAGACCAGUGAAACCAGCGGCCAACGAGAGGGACCUGUAGCUUCCCCGCUGGCUCUUUUAAUGGCGGCUAAAGAAAGAGAUCGACAGAGAUCAACUCAAUCUCUGUCGCGGGAAAGCAGCAGCAAGAAGAAUGAGCAGCCUAGUGCAAGCAUUCACCCGAGUGACUCGAGUCCCAAUUCCUUUAUUGUCACCCCAAGGUCCAGCUUAUCCUAUUCUGUAACAUCUCAGGACGUGAUCCAGGAGACUCCAACGUCUGCCAGUCCUGUGGAACACAUAAAAACUAUUCAGACUCCACAAAAAUCCAGCAGUCCUCCACCGGUCAAGGAUGAGAUGCCGUCUACCAGUUCAAGUCCCAGCAUUAUGGCUGCGUCCCCAAGUGCGACAAACCUGGAUCCUCAGAAACAAAAUGCAGAGCAAAGCCCCUCGCAGUCUCAAGCCACACAGCCUGAGGAUAAUAAAGAGGAGUUAUUUAUGCCAUUACUCCCUCCACCGCCAGAGUUUGAUGAUUUAGAAGAGAUUACGGAGCCCCCUCCUUCCACCCCUCCAUUUGACGCUCCCAUGGAAAAGGCACCAGCACCAACUGUGAGCUCUCUUCCUCGAGCUCAAGUUCCACCUCCUCCUCCGAAACCAAAACCUCUAGCAGCUCCAAAAUUGCCACCUCCCAACACUGAUGUCAAACCAAAGCCACCAGUUCAGGCGAAACCCAAGGUGGCCCCUGCCCAGCUACCAUCCAAUCUUUCAGCCAGUCAGACCACACUCCUGGGCAUUUUACAAAAGAAGAUGUUGGAAAUGGACUACAAAAUAGCCCCAGUGAAGGAGGCAGAGCCCAGUUCUGAUGACUGGGGUACCCCGGUUUCUGACGAGAACAAUAAGGUCCCUGUUCUCCCCAGAGCCACACCACAGAGCAAGAAUUAUACUGCAGUCAACAAAGCAGCAACCCUGGACAUGCGGGAGCUGGAGAGUAAAGUGGUCAAAAAAUGUCAGGAGAUGUCAUCAACCCAGGUUCCCACCAGCAAUGGACUGCAGUCAAAACAUCAGUAUGGUAUGACCUUCAAGGUUCGGCCUGGAACCAAACAGCCCAUUACGCUCGUUAGUAAAGAGGAGUCUCAAUGAGACGUGUAAAUGAGGCAGGUGUUCUUCUGGUCUAGCGCACACUGCAUGUGAGUGGACAAUGUGAUUUUGCAUCAGGAGUAUACACAAUGGGGAAUAAAGCACUUUGAACAAAUGAGUUACACAAAUGUGGUUGGCAAAUAUGUUACAAAUGUCCCAUGAAGACGGUCCACUCAGUCAUAGUCUGAAUGCAUUGCUCAUUCUCUGGUGAACACACAGUCAAGUAGCGUUUUCUGUUUUCAUAUUUUAUUUUUGAAGAGUCACAGUAGCAGCCAGUCACUUUUUUAAAGGUUUUUAUCUGGCUGCUACUGUUAGAGGUAUAUAUUGCAUAUGUUGCCUUUUUAACCAAAGCUCUUAAAGCCUCAUGGGUAAUGUUAAGCAAAUAAAAAGUAAAUUCUGCUAAUUAACGCUUUAUGCUUAAAUUACUCAUAGCUGUAAUGUGGAUGCCGAGUGAGGAUGAAUCUACAUUAUUUAGUAAUUUGUCUUUAAGAGAUUUAUCUGUAACGUUGAUUGUAAAAUACAAUAAUAAUGUACAACGCAAUUAUUGUGUAUGCUGUAAUCACGUGCCACAACUGAAAUGUUCUUUCACUGUUACGUGUACAUUAUGUGGAUCCAUUAGAAUGAAGCAAACAGCAAAUUCAGAAAAGUGCCAGAGUGAAUUUUUCCCUUGGUAGGAUUGUUUCUCAUAUUUAUUGAUCUUGGAAAUGUUUUGCCAUCUGUAUAAUACCUAUUCUACUGCAGUAAAGAAAAUGUGUCCAUGUACCAAGACUCAAGUUGUUUUUGCUGUACAUAUCAGGUUGUCUAACAUGAAAACAGAACUUAGAUAUUGUAAGAUGUAGUUUUAUGUAUAAUGUCAAGGUUUUAUAAUCAGAGUAUUUAAAAUAUCAGCUAUAAAGUCUUUCAGUCGAGCUGUUUGUCUUUGCCAAAUGUUGUCCAACAACUCCCCAAUAGGAAAAUAAAUUCAAGAUGUAAUUGCA